CUCAGUCAUCAUGCCCCGGGGACACAAGAGUAAGCUCCGUGUUCAAGCGAAACGUCGCCAGGCCCGAAGUGAGAACCAGCCUGUCCAGGAUGCUCAGGCUCCAGGGGCACAGGGAGGGGAGGCCCCAUCCUGCUCUGGUCUCUCUGAGGAAGCUGCCCCCAGCUCCUCUGUUGGCCUCGGUCCCCAGAAGUUGGAGGAAGCUGCCAGUAGCUCCUCUGUGGGCCUCAUUCCCCAGAAGUCUGAGGAGGCGGGCCCCAGCUCUUCUGUGGGUCUCAUUCCCCAGAAGUCUGAGGAAGCUGCUCCCAGCUCCUCUAUGGGCCUCGUUGCCCAGAAGUCUGAGGAAGCUGCUCCCAGCUCCUCUGUGGGCCUUGUUCCCCAGAAAGUGGAGGCAGCUCCAUCCCAUGCCACUCAAGCAGGUGCACCUUCCCAAAAAAGAUCUGGGAAAGGUGCUAAAGGCAAGAAGCCUGAAAGGGCAGCUUCCUCUAAGGCCAUGCCCUCUACUGAGAGCUUAGUGAAAGAUCUCCAUAGGAAGAAGGCAGGAAUGUUGAUGCACUACCUGCUGUAUAGGUAUAAAAUUAAAGAGCCCAUUCUGAAGGGUGAGAUGCUGAGGAUUAUCCACAAAAGGUUCCGUCCAGAAUACCCCGAGAUCCUCAAAACUGCUGCUGAUCGGGUUGAAUUGCUGUUUGGCCUUGAGCUUGUGGAAGUCAAGCCUGGUGGUGGCUCCUAUGCCCUUGUCACCAAGGUCGAUAGCCCCAACAGUGCCAUAGCAUUCACUGGGUUGAGCUUUCCCGUGAAUGGGCUCCUGAUGCCUCUUCUUGGUGUGAUCUUUUUAAAUGGCAACUCUGCCACUGAAGAGGUGAUCUGGAAGUUCCUGAGUGCUUUAGACAUGUAUGAUGGCACAGAACACUUAAUCUUUGGUGAGCCACGAAAUCUCAUCACCAAAGAUCUGGUAAAGUUAGGGUAUCUGGUGUACCGUAGGGUACGUCACAGUGAUCCUCCAUCCUAUGAAUUCCUGUGGGGCCCAAGGGCAUAUGCUGAGACCAGCAAGAUGAAAGUCCUUGAGUUUUUGGCUAAGGUUAAUGAAACCAUCCCUAGCGCCUUCCCAGUCCAUUAUGCAGAGGCGUUGAGAGAGGAGGAAGAGUGGGCCAAAGAGAAAGCUGCAGCCAGACGUGGCCCUACUUCUCCAUUGCCUUAA